UCUAUUACGUGCCUCUAGGUGCGAGCCAAAACGGUGACCAUGAGUUUGAAGGUACCACGACUUCUCGUGGCGCGAUUUGUGUGGAACUAAUCAAGCUGCUCGACGGUCGUCGGAUCUCCGGUACUGUUCACUGCUGAUCGUCGAGCCAACCAUUUACCUUCACCAAUAUUUCCAUUUCUAUUUCACCUGUGACAGGCGAUUGAUUUAAUUUCUUCAACCAUUCACUGCAAAUCACCGGUCGGCCGUCGGUUGAUCAGAAUCCGAAUUCUACUUCUUCGGAAUUCAUUACUUGGUUGGCAAAUUCGAAUUCAUACUACUUCUGUUUACUUCUGAUUGUUUACCGGUCUCAUUUUUCAAGUCAAAUAAAUUCAAGAGUUGUUAUAGAGUUUGUUUUUGUAUGCGUCAGAGAGUAAAAGGCAAGUUACUCUUCAAAGGUGGGCCUUAGAAGCAAGAAUUCCUCUUUCCAGGAUUUGAAUUUAUGUUUUAAAACGAAGAUAAUGGAAUCGUCAUAGUUGGAUGGCGUUUCUUCUUCUAAAUGACAAGUAUCUAUAAAUUAUAGUUGGGUUUGUAGGUGUACGACGAGUGGUUGGUCAAGUAAAGUCGAGGAGUUGUGGGUUAGGCAGCUGGGUGGUGAAGGUUUGGUAUUAAUGGCUGGUCCUGGGGAUAACCUACAUCUUGAAAUUCGUGGUUUAAAGGGAUCGAAUCAGCAAGCUGAGGAUAAAAGCCAGCAUGUUGACAAAGAGGGUGGCUUGAGUGGUGGUGAAAGGGACAUGGCUCCGGUUACCGGCAAUUCCAUUCACAGGUCAGGUUCUCGUCCACAACUAGACCUCAGUAAAGCAGAAAUUCAGGGAAAUUUUGAGGAGAGAGACCCCACAAUUCUGUUGCCUAACCAAUCUGAUGAUAUAUCUCACCUGGCUCUCGACAUCGGCGGAUCUCUCAUCAAAUUGGUGUACUUUUCAAGACAUGAAGAUCAAUCGGUUGAUGAUAAGAGAAAGAAAAGCAUGAAGCAGAGGCUGGGGUUAUCAAAUGGUAAUAGAAGAAGUUAUCCAGUUCUUGGUGGGAGGCUUCAUUUUGUGAAGUUCGAGACAAGCAAGAUUAACGAGUGUUUAGACUUCAUCCACUCCAAGCAGCUACAUCGUGGUGCUUGCAAAGAUUUACCUCAUUGGCAUUCAGAUGGCCCAGCAAAUGAAAAUGCCAUCAUUAAGGCUACAGGUGGAGGGGCAUACAAGUUUGCAGAUCUUUUUAAAGAAAGACUUGGAGUUAGUAUUGAUAAAGAAGAUGAAAUGGAUUGUCUUGUGGCUGGAGCAAAUUUUCUGCUAAAGGCAAUACGUCAUGAAGCUUUCACUCAUAUGGAGGGUAAAAAAGAGUUCGUGCAACUUGACCAUAACGAAAUGUUUCCUUAUCUGCUUGUUAACAUUGGAUCUGGUGUCAGCAUGAUCAAGGUUGAUGGUGAUGGGAAAUUUCAGAGAGUUAGUGGGACAAAUGUUGGAGGGGGCACUUACUGGGGCUUAGGAAGACUGUUGACGAAAUGUAAUAGUUUUGAUGAGUUGUUAGAGCUUAGUCAAAAGGGAGAUAAUAGCACAAUUGACAUGCUUGUUGGGGACAUAUAUGGUGGCAUGGAUUACUCUAAGAUUGGUCUCUCUGCGUCAACAAUUGCAUCUAGUUUUGGUAAGACCAUUUCAGUAAACAAGGAGCUUGAAGACUACAGACCAGAAGAUAUCUCAUUGUCUCUCUUGCGAAUGAUCUCGUAUAACAUUGGACAGAUUUCGUACUUGAAUGCUCUACGGUUUGGACUUAAGAGAAUAUUUUUUGGAGGAUUCUUUAUCAGGGGACAUGCAUAUACCAUGGAUACAAUUUCCUUCGCAGUUCACUUCUGGUCGAAAGGAGAAGCACAGGCAAUGUUCUUGCGUCAUGAGGGGUUCUUAGGAGCCUUAGGUGCAUUCAUGAGCUAUGAAAAGCAUGGUCUUGAUGAUCUAAUGGCCCAUCAGUUGGUUGAAAGGUUUCCUAUGGGUGCACCAUACACGGGAGGGAAAGUUCAUGGACCUCCACUUGGUGAUUUGAAUGAGAAGAUUUCUUGGAUGGAGAAAUUUUUGCAGAAGAGAACAGAAAUUACUGCACCUGUCCCUAUGGCUCCCCCUGCAACAACUGGACUUGGAGGCUUUGAAGUCCCUUUAUCCAAAGGAGAAACCCUGCGAUCUGAUGCAAGUGCCCUAAAUGUUGGUGUACUCCAUUUGGUACCCACUUUGGAGGUGUUUCCACUGUUAGCUGAUCCAAAGACAUACGAACCUAAUACAAUUGAUCUCUCUGAUCACAGUGAGUUGGAGUACUGGUUCACCGUGCUUUCGGAGCAUCUACCAGACCUUGUUGAUAAGGCUGUUGCAAGUGAAGGUGGGACUAAUGAUGCCAAGAGAAGGGGUGAUGCAUUUGCUCGGGCAUUUUCUGCCCACUUGAGGAGGUUGAUGGAGGAACCUACGGCAUACGGAAAGUUGGGUCUGGCUAAUCUUCUGGAACUGAGGGAAGAGUGCUUGAGGGAAUUCCAAUUUUUUGAUGCCUAUAGAAGCAUAAAGCAGAGGGAGAAUGAGGCAUCACUUGCUGUAUUGCCUGACCUGCUGUUGGAACUUGAUAGUAUGAAUGAGGAAGCAAGACUGCUUACCCUAAUUGAAGGUGUUCUUGCUGCGAACAUUUUUGAUUGGGGUUCUCGUGCUUGUGUUGAUCUCUAUCACAAGGGGACAAUAAUUGAGAUUUACAGAAUGAGUCGCAAUAAGAUGCAGAGGCCAUGGCGGGUCGAUGACUUUGAUGUCUUCAAAGAGAGAAUGCUAGGAUCUGGGGAUGAGAGACCCCUUCCACAUAAAAGAGCUCUUCUCUUUGUAGACAACUCAGGUGCUGAUGUUGUUUUAGGGAUGCUUCCCCUGGCAAGGGAACUCCUCCGACGUGGAACGGAAGUUGUUUUAGUUGCAAACUCUCUUCCUGCCCUAAAUGAUGUUACCGCAAUGGAGCUUCCUGAUAUUGUAGCUGAGGCUGCCAAGCACUGUGACGUACUACGUAGAGCUGCUGAAGCAGGGGGCCUGAUUGUGGAUGCCAUGAUUGACUCUGCAGACGGUUCUAAAGAGAGAUCAUCUUUUGUUCCCUUGAUGGUUGUUGAAAAUGGGUGUGGUAGUCCAUGUAUAGAUCUAAGGCAAGUCAGUUCUGAGUUGGCUGCUGCAGCUAAAGAUGCUGAUUUGGUUAUCUUAGAAGGAAUGGGGAGAGCCCUUCACACCAACUUCAAUGCACAGUUUAAAUGUGAUGCUUUGAAGCUUGCUAUGGUGAAAAAUCAGAGGCUGGCUGAAAAGUUGAUCAAAGGAAACAUAUACGACUGUGUCUGCAGAUACGAACCAUCACACUGAAGUCUUUCCUGUUUCCAAGUUCACUCGGUUUCUUCAUUAGAAUUUUGGAAAAUUCUUCAGCUUUUUAAUGCGACAAGUGUUAGGACCUCAAAUAUCUUUUAGUUCAAAGGUCGAUAUCGACAAAAAUGUCAAGGUAUUAAGAUUAUGGAAAUGCCAAUAUAAUCAUAGUUCAAUUGACAUAAAGUUUGUACUAUUAAUUUUGAGGUGCGAUUUUCCCCUCAUAUAUUGUUAGAAAAAAAGUUUUUGGAAA